GCUUUCUCUUGUCACUCACUGAUCUGAUUCUUCCUUGUGCUACUAAACUGUUUUGUUUUGUCUCCAUCAACAGUUCAAAUGGCGGCAGCUUUGGCUUCCAGAUUAUCCCGUGGUCGUUCAUUGCUUGGAGGUCUUAAGAAUGAUUUCUCCGGAUUGAUGAAUACCUCCAGUGGAAUGAUGAAUGAAACUAGCCUCUCUCAGCAACAACAGCGAAGGACGUUCAUUCAAAUGGGGACAAUUCUCAAAGUCGUGGACAACUCAGGAGCCAAGAAAGUGAUGUGUAUUCAAGCGCUAAAGAGUAAGAAAGGAGCUAGGCUUGGGGACACGAUAGUUGCUUCGGUGAAAGAAGCGAUGCCAAACGGUAAAGUAAAGAAAGGAGCGGUUGUGUAUGGUGUGGUUGUGCGUGCUGCUAUGCAGAGAGGUCGUGUUGAUGGAAGCGAAGUUAGGUUUGAUGAUAACGCUGUUGUUCUUGUUGAUAAUAAAGACAAGAAGACUAAAACUGAUCGGCAGCCGAUUGGGACAAGAGUGUUUGGUCCUGUUCCUCAUGAGCUUCGUAAGAAGAAACAUCUCAAGAUUCUUGCGUUGGCUCAACACAUUGCUUGAGACAAUUCUAGUGUUAUCUUUUUUAAUGUUAUGUAAACUCUCGACAAUAAUUGUUUUUUUUUUUUGGUUAAGUCUUCGCACUAUUUUUUUUGUUCCAAGGAAUUUAUAGGUUCAAGAACUAAAAUAUCACAAGUAUAAGUU